ACCCCAGAAACCAACAACAACAACUAGUUCUGGUGCAUUGAAGAAAGGGGAGGAGGGCGGGAGGUAUUGGGGGAGGGCAGCAUCCUGUAUGUGUGACAGAUGAGUAUCUGGUGGUGAGUGUGUGACAUUGUGCUAGCGGCACACUGAGUGCUGCACAUACCAUGGGACGCUGCAUGAUUGGUAGAUCUUAGCAUUGUGUAUGUGUGAUUGCUGCAGCUCUGUUGUGUACGUCACUGCAUUAUUGUAGGUGUUACACUUUAUUAUUGUGCAUGUCCUUUAGUUGCUGUGUCUGUGCAUGAGGGUGUUACACCUCUGCUGCAACUCAGUGUAAUUGCGCCCUUCUCUGCCCGUGAAGCACUGUGGUUUCUUCCCCUUUCUAUAUGUGACAGCAUAUGGUGUGCUUGUGAUUGGCCAUAUUAGUGGGGUGUGUGGCACUGAUCCCUUGAGUCGCCAGUCUUGGUGCCCACACAAUACGGGGUGCUUUUUUUCCUACGCGUUCUGGAAAGGUGACAGCAUCAUGAAGAAGUUUUCUCGGAUGCCCAGGUCCGAGGGAGGUGGUGGAGGAGGUGGUGGUGGUGGAUUAAGUCUGGGUGCAGGAUCCUCGGGCACUUCUGCCAGUGGAGGGGUGACUGUUGGCAGAGGAUUCACCAUUGGACGCUACCAAGUCACUGUGGAAGAGCUACUAGCUGAAGGGGGUUUCUCAACUGUUUUUCUGGUGCGAACACAUGGAGGUGUACGUUGCGCGUUAAAGAGAAUGUAUGUUAACAAUGUGCCUGACUUAAACAUUUGUAAGAGAGAAAUUACAAUAAUGAAAGAGCUGUCUGGACACAAGAACAUUGUUGGAUACUUAGACUGCCAAAUUAACUCAGCAAGUGAUAAUGUCUGGGAAAUCCUUAUUCUAAUGGAAUAUUGUAAAGCUGGACAAGUGGUGAACCAAAUGAAUCAGCGACUCCAGUCAGGUUUUACUGAGCCAGAAGUCUUAAGGAUAUUCUGUGACACUUGUGAAGCCGUAGCCAGACUUCAUCAAUGCAAGACCCCAAUUGUUCACCGUGAUCUGAAGGUUGAGAACAUCUUGUUAAAUGACAGUGGAAACUAUGUAUUGUGUGACUUUGGCAGUGCAACAAACCGGUUUCUUAACCCUCAGAGAGACGGAGUAAGCAUAGUAGAAGAAGAAAUAAAAAAGUAUACCACCCUGUCCUAUAGAGCCCCUGAAAUGAUCAACCUUUAUGGAGGGAAACCAAUUACCACAAAAGCUGAUAUCUGGGCACUAGGCUGUCUACUGUACAAGCUUUGUUUUUUCUCACUACCCUUUGGUGAGAGCCAAGUUGCGAUUUGUGACGGAAGUUUCACAGUUCCUGACAACUCUCGAUAUGACCAUAAAGUGCAUUGUUUAAUCAGGUACAUGUUGGAACCUGACCAGGAACGACGGCCUGAUAUAUAUCAAGUAUCCUACUUUGCCUUCAAACUUGCCAAAAGGGAUUGUCCUUUGCCUAACAUAUAUAAUUCUCCACUUCCAGCAGCGCUUCCGGAACCAAUGACAGCAAGCGAGGCUGCAUCGAGAAAAAAUCAAAUAAAAGCCAGAAUAACAGAUGCUUUUGGGCCAACAGAAACAUCCAUUGCGCCAAGACAAAGACCCAAAGCAUUUUCCAAUACGACCGCUUCAAAUGUUCUCACUAUUCAGAGUUCCGCAACACCGGUCAAGAUGGCUAUGCAAAGUGCUCCAAGUAACCACGGCCAAAAUGUGACUGCAACAGCACCCAGGCCUAGUAGUAACCAAGAUGCAUUGCUGGUUCACGGAAGCACCCAGCAGCCUCCACAGCAGCACAGAGUUCUGCAGCAGCUGCAGCCCGGAGACUGGAGACUACAGCAACUGCAUCACUUGCAGCAACAGCAGCAUCGGCAGCAAAUGCUACAGGAAGCUUAUAUGCAGCAGUAUCAGCAGGCGUGCCAGCAACAAAUGCUUCAGCAGCAGUUUUUGAUGCACUCCUUUUACCAGCAACAACACACUCCGCUUCAGUAUCCAGCUAUGGCUCAUCAAUACCAGCAGGCUCAACUACAACAACAAGAGAUCCUUCUACAGCAACAACAAAGGUCACAUCAGCCACAGUAUUUGACCUCUCCCCAAGAGUUUAAACCGGCCAUAGAGUCUUAUGCAUCUUCACUUCCUCAACAAAUGGGAGCAGUGAGGAAUAUGUGCAAUACCAACAGGUCCGUAGGUAACGUAGACACUGAAACUCAUUCCAACUUCCCAAAACAGAGCAACAGCAACCCCCCAGAUAUGUCUGGCUGGAAUCCAUUUGGAGAAGAUAAUUUCUCCAAACUAACUGAAGAAGAAUUACUGGACAGGGAAUUUGACCUUCUGAGAUCAAAUCGCCUUGAAGAGCGCAUGCCUUCCACAGACAGCCACACAGAGCCUCUGUCUAAUACACAAUAUCAAGAGUCAGAAGAUGCAUUUGGUUUUAGACCCUUCCUUUCUGGUACAGGCUCCUUUGGAAAUAUAGAUGAAAUAUUAACCUCAAGUGGAGACAGUAAUUCUAAAGUUUCAAACAAAGAUCAGAGAAGGAGUCAUUCUUCAAAAGAUCUGAAGGUGGUUCAGAAAACACAGGAAAAUCUGUAUUCCAAAAAGUCUGUAACAAAAGAAGGUGCAGAAUCAGAAAGUGAUUUUGAGUCAGAUCCUCCCUCACCUAAAAGUAGUGAAGAUGAGGAUCCCGAAGAUGAAGAAACUUUGCAGAGUGGACAAGGAGCAUUCAAUGAUGACAAUGAUACAGAACCUGAAAUUAUAGGACAAAGACCCCUUUUAAUGGAUUCUGAUGAAGACCAAGAUGAAGAGGAAGAAAAGCAUAGUUCAGAUUCAGAGCAUGACCACACUAAGAUAAAAAAUCCUAAUAUGACACCUAAAAACAUUAGUGUUCUAACAACUAAAAGUAACAAGAAAGAGGUGGAAACCACUAUAUUUGACAAUGAAACUGCCAAACAAAAUAAUGUAAUAGAAGGAAAUUCUAGCCAACAGCUGGAUGUUUUUGGAGCUGUGCCAUUUUUCACUGUCCCUGCCAAUAAGUCUGCAGAAAAUAAUGAACUUAUUGCUUCUAAAACAAGUCAUUUGCUAAGGCAUGAAAUAGAUUUGGAUGAAACAGAUGUUUUCUCAAAAGCCCCAUUCAGUAAGAAAGUAGACCAACCUGAUUGCCUUUUCACUCCUCCUAGAACUCCAGAGUUUGUAGAUAUUUUUGGAUGUCCACCAUUCCAACCUCUUCCAACAUCGGAAGAAAAUUCUUGUGACAGAGAGGAUCUUUUUGGGUCAGUGCCAUUUGAAGACAUAGCGGGAAAUCAAACACAACAGAAGGUGAAGCAACAACGGAACCUUCAAAAACUUUCUUCUCGUCAAAGGCGCACAAAACAGGAGCCAUCAAACAACAAUGGAAAGCGUCACCAUGGAACACAACCAACCACAACAAAAAAAACAGCUAAGCCAAAUUACCGAACUCCUGAACGAGUCCGCAGACACAAAAAAGGAGGACGUCGUGAUUCCCAGAGCAGCAAUGAGUUUCUUACUAGCUCUGAUUCAAAGGAGAAUAUUAGUAUUUCAAGUAUUUCUCUAGCUGAUGGAAAAGAUCGGAACAAUCUUUUGCAAGCAGAUGACAACAUGGUGGACCCCUUUGGAGCUAAGCCUUUUCAUCCACAGGAGCCAAGACAAACUCAACACCAGGGUCUUUUAGACACCCGUGGAGAUCAUCAUGCAAUUGCUGCUGGAAGGUCAAGACAGAGUGCACUACAUGGGACAUUUCAAAGCAGUGAUAAUAUAAAUAUGGAUGACUUUGGUGCAGUGCCUUUCACAGAAUUAGUGUUACACAGUGUGACACAGCAACCGAUCCAGCAACCACAACAGCAGCCAUUAGAGUUAGACCCAUUUGGUGCAGCUCCUUUUCCUUCAAAAUAGUAGAUGUUUUUAUUUUAUUUUUAAUUUUUUUAAUUUUAUAAUAUUUUCUAAUGAUAUUUUUAAAGAAAUUCUAAACUUCUUGUAAAACAAAAAAUGGUAUAAUUUGAACAAGGGGCAUAUUUUUGAUAUUCUGGUGCUUUAUCAAAAUGCCCAGAAAUUAUUUGUUUUCAACAAUCAUAUUAAAUUUUGUAGUUUCCCUUUUAAAUAAAUCUUUUAAAGUAAAGAAAAAAAAAGAUAUAUAUACAUAUAUAUAUAAAAAAAAUCCGAAUUAUAUGAAAAUAGCUUUAAUAUAUCUCUAUCAAGAAAGCACAUUCCGUUUUAGUUUAUUGCACUUAUAUUUAAUCACUUUUGUUAUUAGGCCAAAUAAACUAUUUUAUUUGGUUUACUGAAUUGAUUAUACCUAGCUUGUAUACUGUAAAAUAUUCUCCCUUUAAUGGGGAAUUAAACACAAAAUACAUUUUAUAAGCAUUGUACUGAAGUUAUUCUCUGCUUCCUGCUAGUCAUGGGUGCCGCCAUAUUGAAAUCUAGCUUUCACUACAUUCCAGUGUGUUUGCACAUGUGCAGCAACUCUUCUUCAGAUAUCUGCAUUGUAGAAUAGAAUCCAAAAUGGCAGCACCCAUAAUUAGAGGGGUGUGCAUAUUUUUUUUUUUUUUAGUGUUUCACGUCCCUUUAAUGUGUUCUAAAUGAUAACUUUUACCUACUGGAGUGUAUUGAAUUGCUUACAAACAGCUCUUUUAUUUUGUUAUUUGAAAUGGUUGCGGUUGCCGAUUAAAAAACCAGCACUAUACGAAAAAUAUGAAUACUGCAGUAUUCUGUAUAGAAAAGUUAUGUAAACAGGAGAUGACAGUUUCACUCAUCCUCCCAGUUUUCAGGGGGGGGUGAGCGAGGUACUAAAAUAUGAAUUUUCAAUUGACAUUUGUUUAUAAAGAAAGAUAUAAGAUAACAAGGCUUUUGUGUAUAAAGAGAAAGUUAAGUAGAUCUGCUCUUAAUGCAAGUUCAGCUCAUUUCAAUGGGCUGUAGUUUUGAUGAACAGAACCAGUUAUUUAAUGUACAAAAAUAAACCCAAGUGACCAAUUUCA